AACAGCUCGUCAGUUUCAUCAUCCAGUAAUGGGUUGCAAAAACACAGCUGUGUUUCCUAAUUUUGGUCAUCAUUUAGGUGGGGGUAACCCAAGGUUUGUUCACUUUUAUAAAUAAGAUAAGAAAAAGGAAGAUCUUUUCUUAAAUUAAAAAAAAAAAAAACUUAAGAUAAAUAAAUAGUCAACUCUUGUCUUCACAUGCCAAUCAUGGUCCCGAUUCCAUUGUCCCUUUGAAUCUUCGUUUUUUUUUUCUUUUUUUUUUUAAUUUUGUGUGUGUGUGUGUCCAUAAUUUAUAUUCGCAAUUGGUGGUUGGAGUUUUGACUAUUAGCAGUAGCAGCUGCUGUUCUCUUUUUCUGACAUUUUUGGGGAGAAAACAGAAGAGAGGAAGAAGGUUGAGAAAAAGAAAUAGAGAGAAAUUAAAGAUGGCUGGUGGUGGAUUUGGAGAUGGUGGAGCUCCAUUGAAGAGAGCUCAUCUUUAUGAGUAUCGGAUUACUUCAUAUUUUAUUACCUCUUGCAUUGUUGCUGCUCUUGGUGGAUCGCUGUUUGGCUAUGAUCUUGGAGUUUCUGGUGGAGUUACGUCUAUGGAUGAUUUUCUGAAGGAAUUUUUCCCAAAAGUAUACAGAAGAAAGCAGCUUCAUCUAAAAGAAACAGAUUACUGUAAAUAUGACAACCAAAUUCUCACACUUUUCACUUCCUCUUUAUACUUUGCUGGUCUUGUCUCCACUUUUGCUGCUUCUUAUGUAACAAGAAAUCGAGGCCGAAGAGCAAGUAUCCUCGUCGGAUCCAUCAGCUUCUUUUUAGGCGGCGUCAUCAAUGCCGCUGCAGUUAACAUCGCAAUGCUGAUCAUUGGACGGAUUUUCCUCGGCGUAGGUAUCGGUUUCGGCAACCAAGCAGUGCCAUUGUAUCUAUCCGAAAUGGCCCCCGCGAAGAUCCGAGGAGCGGUUAACCAACUGUUUCAACUGACAACCUGCUUGGGGAUUUUGAUAGCAAACUUCAUAAACUAUGGAACUGAUAAGAUUCAUCCAUGGGGGUGGAGAUUGUCUCUUGGACUGGCCACAGUCCCGGCAACUUUGAUGUUCAUUGGGGGACUUUUCCUUCCUGAGACACCCAACAGUUUGGUAGAGCAGGGCAAAAUGGAGGAAGGAAGAGCUGUGCUAGAGAAAAUUCGAGGGACGAAAAAAGUUGAUGCCGAGUUCGACGAUCUGAUUGAUGCUAGCAACGAGGCACAAGCAAUUAAACACCCGUUCAAGAACCUCUUGAAGCGAAAAAACCGACCCCAGCUCGUGAUUGGUGCAUUGGGAAUUCCUGCAUUUCAACAACUCACUGGCAUGAACUCCAUUCUGUUCUAUGCUCCUGUAAUGUUCCAAAGUUUGGGAUUUGGUUCUGAUGCAGCCCUUUAUUCAUCUACCAUCACAAGUGGUGCCCUUGUUGUUGCUACUUUCAUUUCGAUGCUUUUGGUUGAUAAGUUUGGAAGAAGAGCUUUCUUCCUUGAAGCCGGAGCCGAAAUGAUAUGUUGCUUGAUCGCAGUAGCUGUGACAUUAGCCCUUAAGUUUGGACAAGGGGAGGAGCUUCCAAAAGGAAUUGGAAUCUUCCUUGUGAUAGUGAUAUGCAUAUUUGUGUUGGCUUAUGGAAGGUCAUGGGGGCCGCUUGGUUGGCUGGUGCCGAGCGAGCUAUUUCCAUUAGAAACGAGAUCAGCCGGGCAGAGUAUGGUGGUGUGUGUCAACAUGCUUUUCACGGCUUUGAUAGCGCAGUGUUUCCUUGCAGCUAUGUGCCAUCUCCGGUACGGAAUCUUCCUGUUGUUCGCUGGAUUGAUUGUAAUUAUGAGCAGCUUCAUUUUCUUCUUGUUGCCAGAAACUAAACAGGUUCCCAUCGAAGAAGUGUAUUUGUUGUGGGAGAAUCAUUGGUUUUGGAGGAGAAUUGUUGGAAAAGAGGGUGCAAAUGGAGUGAAUGGGAAAGUUAAAGGAGAUGGACGAGGGAAUCAAAAUGUGUAGGAACAAGAACAAACAAUACAAAAAUCGAAAGAAAUGGUUAUAACUGAGUUUACAAAAGGCAUAUUAUACUAAAUUACUAUUUCGUGUUCAUUAA